CACCACUGGGUGAGGGCAAAGCUAUAAAGCUCACUGUGACCAUCGUUUGGCCAUCAGGGCUGGUUCUGCUCCUGCGAUUCACUUUCUGCUUUCAUCAUCGUGCAAGAUCGUGUAUCGCACCAACCAUGCUGAAGGUCUCCAUCCUCUCCGUGCUGCUCCUCCUCCUCACUCUGACCAUCGUCACUGCCAAUGGGAACUUUUUCUCACAGGCUGCGGGAGGUACCAGAGAUAUGGUGAGAGCCUACCAGGACAUGAAGAAGGCCAACCACAAAGGAGCGGACAAAUACUUCCAUGCACGUGGGAACUACGAAGCGGCCCAAAGAGGGCCGGGUGGGCGUUUUGCUGCGGCCGUGAUUAGUGACGCCCGGGAGGCUCUGCGACCCGGGAAGGAUUCGGCUGCCGACCAGGAAGCCAACCGGCAUGGACGCAACGGGGGUGACCCCAACGUGUACCGGCCUCAGGGGCUCUCCACGAAUUACUGAGCCCUGGCGAGCCUCGGAGCCGUGACCACUGUGACGACUCAACACACGUGGGUGUGACCUCCAGACCUCAUGGUGAAGGAGGCUGCGCUCACGUUUAGCUCGAAUUUUAAAACCAAUGAUUCAACUCGCACUGGGAGUUACUUAAAGCCUGUGUGUGGUUUUCUCUCCAUAACAUGUAUCUUUAGCUAAUUUUAUUAAUUAUUGAUAAUUAACAUUCACAAUCCUUUGACAAUUUACGGAUUAAUGACUUCCUACACAGCGUCAAUCACGGAGGUUGUCUGACCGUACUUCACCAUGCCGGUUAGCACGGAUUGGUAAAGGGGUGACUAGGAUGAAGUCUCCACGGUGGAGGGAUGUUAACAUCACCUGGUAUACAAGAUGUCCUGGUUUCGAUCCCGACCCUGAUGCCUGUAUAUUUGGAGUUGGUAUGUCUCUGUCCCCGUGGUCACGUGGAUUUUUCUCUGGGUUUUCUGGUUUUUCCCUCCACAUUUAGAAACAUGUGUUAGUAGUAUUUGCCUGCUAUACAUUUCCACAUGAUAAGCCACUUGGUUGAACUCUCAUCUGUAACCAGGUCGCUUCUGAUAAAGAGCUUAAUAGCUCAGUGGGCCUUACCUGGUAAAAUAACAAUUAAGUUUAUAUAAGAUGCCACUUACUGCUGGCACUUUCAUGAUACGACUGUACCACGAUGCCUGCUUACUUUUUCUGAAACAUUUCAUUUCCUGCCAAACUAUUUCUAAAGUAAGGGUGAUUGGACAUCGAAAUAAUGAUAAUAAUUACACUGCGUUAUCAGAAUCAUAGAUACGCAUUUAUAAUAGUUAAUUAAGAUUUGCAUAUAGUGAACUGCUAUUGAAGAACUUUAAAGAGCUUGUAGUCUCAAUGCAAGUAGAGUAAUGCAGAAGAUAAUACAAUAUUAGAUGUCCAGGCAGACCUCACCCAACAUUUGUGAAAAAUGCCGCGUUGGGCAAAACAGCAUUCAAACCUCAUGGGUAAAAUUGGGUUGCGUUCCUAGGUACGAAAUGAUCACCCCCUCCCUAUUUGUUUAACUAAUUCUGCCAGAUAUCUUCCUUGUUAUUGUAUUAAAGGAUGCCGCGUCACUCUCAAUACAAUGUGUGUGUGUACACUCUUAAUUUUUUUUAUUUCACCUCAAUACAAACCUCCAUCUCCAUUACUCUUCCCACACCACGGCUCUCGCUCAUCGCUCGCCCCUGACACUGUGACUUGAACGUUCAUGAUCAGCCAUCCAAGUGUAUGUCUGACUGACAUUAAAGGGGCUGCUUGCUGAAACGUUUUGAACAUCCUUUAUUCCCAAUAUAAUCAUACAAGAAUAGCAUUUGCAUUUAGCAAUUAACACCAUCAUACCCACAUAUUAUAAUCAAAUAUCAGAAUCACAGUGUAAAUUAAUAUUUUAAAGAUUAAAUGUUACAAGGUUCAGAAAUCAUGCGUUUGUAUGAUGCAUUCGUACAAUGUUUCAUUUUGAGUUAGACCACAUUGCAGUUUUUUUGGUCAAAAUUAUUGUCAAUAACCCUCCACCACCCUGCGAGAUGAUCACGUUGAUGAAGAUAUAACGUACGCGUGCCAAUGUAGUGUUCAAGUUCUGGCCGAUCUAAAGCUCCACGCUGGAGCCUUUUCUUUUUCUCACUCAGACUGCGUUGGACUUCAUCAGGCAGCGAUUUCACCACAAACCUGGUGCGCUGCUCAUCUCCCCCUCCGCUUCCGUAUCUGCCGUGACACAACCUACUGCCAAAGCGUGGAGCAUUUCCAUUGCCUUUGUCGUUUGCCUCUCUACUGCUUUUUAAUAUGUUAAUUGUUGUUUCAAACAACUUGAAAUAAAUCCAUUUCAAAUGCA